CAAAAGCGAUCAAUGCAAGAAUUAACAAACAAACAAACACAGAUCCAUGGAAAAUUUGCAAUUUUUAAAACACAAUAGAAUGGCAUCUACCAAGAUAUCAAAGAAAGAAGGAGAGAAGAAGAAGAAGAAGAAGAACGCCAAAGAGUCACCAGGAAAAACCCGAAAAACACCAAUCAAGAGAACACCUUCAAAAUUACCCAAGAAACAGGAAGACAAAAAGAAUAAUAGUAACAAGACUCCCAGUGGGAAAGUUAAAGAAUCGCCCGAAGACUCAAUCAUCUCAUUUUCAAGCUCUGAUUCGCUUCAAGAAGUACAAGAAGCAGUGACCAAGAAAGAACUAGCAAAGAACAGCAAACCCAAGAAUCAAAGCAGUAACAACAGAAGCCCCAAAAUUGAGAAAAGCAAGAAAAGGAAAAUAAAAGAAGAUGAUAUUGGAGAAAGUGAAAAUGGGACAAUGUGUAGCUUCCCCAUGGCUAGGAUAAAGAGGAUAAUUAAGACUGAAGACAUUGGCUCUAAAUUGACUCAAGAUGUUGUAUUUCUUGUCAAUAAAGCCACGGAGAUGUUCCUUGAACAAUUUUGUGAGGAAGCAUAUGAAUGUGCAGUUAGAGAAGAAAACGAAUCUCUUGCUUACAAGCACCUGUCAUCAGUUGUUAGUGGGCAGAGGAGAUUUGACUUUCUUUCAGAUUUCGUGCCCAAGCAACUAAAAGCUAAGGAAGCUUUGAGACGGAGAACAUUGGUGGAGACUGUUCAAAGACAGGAACAGUACUUGAGUAGAUGAUCCACGCAGUCUGUCCGGUGGCAUAGUAAAUCAUUGUUGUUUCACAGGCUUGUCUUUUGUUUCUCUAACAACUAAGAUUGGACUCCAUGCUGACUUUGUAGGCUCUGCCCUUUGUUUUCAAUUGGCAGCAUAUGAGGAUGUUUCCUUACUAGGAUCUGGAUUUGAUAAUCAUCCUCAUUUCCUAGGCUUUGCUCCUUGUUUUCAAUCUGCAGUGUACCUUACCAGGGAAAGCCAUUGUUUCCUUGCGUGUUGUAUUGUAUCCAUGUGUAUACAUCUUAAGACUACAAACAGUAGAUGGAUUAAGGCAGCAGUAACAUGGCCAUUCUGGUAUGCAAAUGGAAUUCUUCUCAGGUUUGGUUGAAUUUAAGUUAAACUUUAUACUCA